CGUCCUGGCUGCAACAUCAACGCGCAGCAACGAAAGGAUUCAUUUAAAUCGCCAAGCGCGCAUUUUUUUGUGUAAAUUAAUUUUGAUCUUCGUGAAGAAAUGGCGGGUCCAUUUUUAUCACCUCUACCGGGAGACCUUUUAACCGAAUAUAUGUUCGGUCGGCGACGUCAGCGUCGUAAUCGUACAACGUUUACGCCGCAGCAAUUGCAAGAAUUGGAAGCACUCUUCCAGAAAACUCACUAUCCAGAUGUGUUCCUACGUGAGGAAGUGGCUUUGCGGAUCAGUUUGAGUGAAGCGCGUGUGCAGGUCUGGUUCCAGAACCGUAGAGCUAAGUGGCGAAAGCAGGCACGUUUACAAUUGCUGCAAGAUGCCUGGCGCAUGCGUUGUUUAAGCCUGGGAACGCCUACAGUUAUAGCGGCAGGCGAUCGGGUGCCUAGAAUACCCGGUACAGCGCCUUUAAAUGGCACCUCACCUACUGAACUAACACCCGAAAAUCUUACCAGUGGUGCACAACCGAAGGACGGGCACAUACAUUCACCCGAAUCGAUGAUCGCGACUAACGGACAGUCCAUGCCAAGCGAUUUUACAAUGAUGCAUCCAGCAUUUCAACUACAUCAGCAGCAACAACACUCACAAAAAUUAGAUGCUGAAUCAGUGGAUAAAUCUAAAAAUGACUCUAUAAACGGCAGACACCCAAAUGGAUGUGAGAAGACUUACACUGAACUAAAAUUAUACAAAGAACAUCAUGGGCAUGGACUAGGUAGCGCUUUGCAAUCGCAUAUGAACAUAAAUGGACUGGCGACGGAUCCAAGUGUAAUGGCCAAUGCUUUGGCUCAUGGCUCGGAUGAGGGCUCUGAUGAUUCCGAUUCUGAAGAAAUCGAUUUAACAUCAGGUUCUUGCAUAGAUUUCUCAAGUAAUAAACAGCAUUUGCAACAGCAAUCACAACAACAACAACCGAACGGUACAACAGCAGCAAGCAAUGGAGUGCAUUAAUAUAUAAUUUGAAUUUGAUUAUAAAUUAAACUAAAAAUAAUGAGUAUUUACUUGCACAGCAUUUUCAUAUGUAUGUAUUGUA